AUGGGUCGACCACGGAUCCAGUUUUCGCCGUUCAAGUACCCGAGCUCGCGGCGAGCCGAGCACAGCAGUCCCAGAUCCGCGCUACACACGCCCGAGACCGGCAACUCGCCCGCCAGCACCGCGUCGUUCGCCGUUUCGAAGGUGCCCUUGAAGACCAAGGGAAACGGGCCCUUGCACGCAGGCACUCCUGUGCGCAAAGAGCCACCUGUGGAUCUCGACGACGACGUCCAGCUGGACGGAACUGACAGCGAAGCGGGCAGCUACAACUACAACGACUACAAUUCGAGCGUGAUGUCUCCUAUCAAGCUUCCUGGGAGUCCGUUACACGAAGAGGAGGAUCUCAAAGGGUUGGACCGCCAGGAGGCGCCGAUUGUGGACAUUAGCAGCGAGUUCGAGGACUCUGAGGACGAGCGAGACAAGGAGCAGGGCGAAAGCUUGAUGGUGGAGCAGUCUGUGCGGGACGAGGUGGACGCCGAGGCGACGAUUCUGCGCGUGGCGGACUUUGUCGAGCGCAGACGCCGCGAGAAGGCCGAGCCGGGGGGGUAUGCGUCGAGCGGGGGGCGAACGGAGGCCCAGAAGACCGGACCCGAAAAGACUCCAGAACGCAGUCCAGAACGGAGUCUGGAGCAUAGUCCAGAUCGUAAUUCGCAGCGCACUACAGAGGCCAGUCCUGAGGCUAGUCCACGCAGUCCACGCAGUCCGCGCAGUCAAGACGGCGUUCUGAGACACGCAGAACGCUGGAGCAGAGCGCAAUGGACGCAUCUCUCGCGGUACCUUCGUCUGUACCGUGCUACAAAAGACAAACGGAUGCUCGCUCCCGAGAAGCUGGAACGCGAGUUCCACUGUCCGCCAGAGGAGGUGCUGGCGCGCAGCGAGAUCCUCGCGCGGUUCGUCAAGGUACGCAAAAUCACGCGCAAGCGACUGUGA